AUGACGGAGUUUACUACUACACAACAAAACUCCAGGUCAAGAACUUCUGGAAGUUUUGGAUCCUAAUGACUUGGAAUAUGACCUAUAUAGAACUAUAGAAGACAUGAAAGAAGAAAUAGUUCGACAAUGGACAUAACUGAAAAAUUAACAAAUAGUGCAAAAGGAAAUAAGAAAUCCUAUCUAGAAGUUGAAAAUGCUGCUUUAGCUAAAAUACAAAGUGAAAGAGCCAUUCAGAAGGCCAAAGAAGCAGAAGAAAGGUUACGAGAAGCUGAAAGAGAAGCAGCAAUGCUGGGCAAUGUAUCUUCUGAUUCUGGAAAUCCUUUGGAUGGUAGCUUAUGGUCAAACACAAGUUCUAUAAACAUGAAUCAAGUGGAUGAUAGACCAGAUGCUCCAGGUGAGACCCAAAAUGUUUGCUCUGCAUCAGUUGCAAGCACUACCUCUUCUACAUCUUCUACUCAAUCUGUCACUAUUGUGAAAAUAGAUAGUACUGAUAACAAGGUAGAGAGCUGUCCACCUGAUUCCAAGCCUGAUACCGAUACCAAACCUGAAAAUAUUCAAGACCUGGAAAAUAAUAAUGAAGUGAAAAUUAAGCAAGAAACUGACAGCAUGGAUGUUAAUUCUGAAGUUGUUAGUGAUGAAAAUAGUAAAUCAAAUGAAGCAGUAGGAAGUAUUGAUGGAGGUGAAGGGAAUAGCGAUUUAAAUGAAGAAUCAAGCAAUGAAGGUAAUGAAGCAGCUAACAAUGAUAACUCCAAAAAGGAAACAUCCGAAAAUGAAAAGCUAGACGAAACAGAUUCCAAGAAAGGUGUAAAUUUAAAGAUAUUUGCCAAAGGAGGAAAAGGGAAUUUUAUCAGGCUUGAAAAAAAGGAAGAUGAUGAUACUGACAGUCAAAAAGGUGGUAUUGUAACACGAUCAAAGACUGGAGCUCUCACACCAAGAAAUUUCUCAUUCGAGAAUUUUGUGAAAACCACUACUCGGAAGAAUGGAGAAGAAUCGAUAAUAAUUGUCAGCAAAGACGGAGAAAUAACACGUAUGACUACCCGAUCAAAGAGUAAUGCAUCUAAUUCAUCCACACCAACAUUGUUCAAGUUGGGAAUGGAAAGUAGUGGCAAGAAUUACAUGAACCAGUUCGCUAUUAAUACAUUAGCCUUAAACAAACAUCAGCAUGCAGAAGAUAGAGACAAAAGAAGGCACCUUUCACAUAAAUUUAGUCUAACACCUGCUAGUGAAUUCAAAUGGCAAGGAACAACGCAUGGGGAUCGUGGGUUUACUGUAGCUACUCUUCGACAAGCUGUACUGCAACUUGAGAAUAACAUUCCAGCAUAUUUACUUCAUGCAUAUUGGACUAUUCACCGUAGUAAUUGGCUAAAAGCUGUUAAUAAAUGUACAUUUCCAAAAGAAUUUGCUUUAGCACUGAGUAUUUUGGAAGCAGUCAUGAAACCUGUCCUGUUUACAUCUGUGUGGAAUGAUUCAUUAGGUAAGCAUCAUUAAAAGUUAAAUGUCAUUAAUUUUUAACAAAAUAAUGUCUAUUUAGAUUGAUAAAAGUUCAAAUAUCUAGAAUUCUGGUGUAUUAUUAACUCAAAUGAAUUAGAUGAACUAAUCUAUGACCAAUAUUUUUUGUGUAUUUAAAUACAGUCAGCUCCUGAUUAACUGCCCUGUAUUUAAAAAAGGUAAAAAAAAAAAAAAAAAGAAAAAGAAACUUUUAUUUUCCUUAUUG